AUGACAAUUGUCACUCUUAAUUGGGGUAUUUUAGGAGCAGGAAAUAUUUCCGCGCAAUUCGUUCACGAUUUGGUUUUGAAUAACCAGAGAGAUACUCAGUUUCAUCACAUUGUUAAAUCUAUUGGAUGUUCUAACCAUGACAAGGGGUUGGAAUUCAUAAAAAAGAAUAAUAUCACUGCAGACAAUAAUUUUCAAAUCACGCCAAUUGUUGAGUCCUAUGAGGAUUUUUAUAAAAACCUGGAUAUAGAUGUUGUGUAUAUUGGAACCCCACAUACAUUUCAUAAAGAACAGUCUAUUGCAUGUUUAAACAACGAUAAACAUGUUCUUUGUGAAAAACCUGUCACAGUUAACAGAGCUGAGUUAGAAACAAUAUUGAGUGUUGCAAAGUCAAAGAAGAAAUUCUUCAUGGAAGCCAUGUGGACAAGAUUCUUCCCAGCAAUCACUGAAUUGAAAAAGAAAAUUUAUGAUGAAAAAGUCAUUGGUGAAAUAUACAGAUUAUUUGCUGAUUUGAGUUAUAAUUGUGAUAUUUCAAAUGUUCCAUUAAGUUCUAGAAUUAGAGAUAAAAAUUUGGCUGCCGGCUCAUUACUAGACAUUGGAAUAUAUCCAAUCACUUAUUCAAGAAUUUUGCUAGAUGAUAAUUUAGGUGCGGAUCAUUCACCGUUUCAAAUCAAGUCAUUUUUAACGAUUGACAGCCAAGAUCGAGUUGAUCAUUUGUAUUCAGCAAUAGUCAAAUACCAAAAUGGCAAACACGCGGUUUUGACAGCAUCAGAAUUGGUUGAUGGACCCAAAGCUUACGUGAGAUUGGAAUGUUCACAGGGCCAUGUUGAAAUGUACAGUGAUAACCCUGCAAGAGCCAAGCAUUUUAAGGUUUUCAAUGCCAAAGGCGAUGAAAUUUUCGAAUACAAAGAUGAUUCAGGCUAUAAUGGAUUUAUUUAUGAAGCAAAUGCUGUUGCUAAAGAUAUUGCUGAUGGGAAAUUAUCCAACAAUACUAUGCCUCAUGAUGAAAGUUUGUUAAUAAUGGAGACAAUGGAUCAAAUUCGUCAUGAAAAUGGAUUGGUUUACCCACAAGAUGAAAGUUGA